UUCUGGAUUUUCUCUGCUUUCGAGCAUUUUGUUGAACAAACGCUUGUCACCUACUCGCUUUUAGCCUUCCCACACACCAUUUCUUCCUCUCUUUCCUGUGUGCUUGUGUGUAUUGUGCGGGAGACAGAUAAGAGACUGAGAGGGUCGACAGUGAUGGGGGGAAACAGAGUGUGCAAGAUCUGCAACAGGAGCUUCUCUAAUGGAAAAGCCAUCGGUGGUCACAUGCGAUCUCACUUUGCCAAGCUACCACCCCGCCUCCCUGCGCAGCUGCAUCAAGAAAAGCCUCAAACUUUGGUCCCGCCGGCAGCUCACGUGCCCUGCUCCGCCCAAAACCAUGUCUUGACCGUCCACGACAGAGGAAGUGACACCGAGUCGUCGCGGCGCAGGAAGCGGAACCGAUCCCAACGGCGGCGGCGCCACGGCUCCGCGGCGCGGGUGGAUGCUUUCUCGAAUGCGGACGCCGAACAGACGAUCAGCUCGGUCUCGGAGACCGAGACUCUGUCCGAGGCGGGCGGUGCUCUGUGCCUGAUGAUGCUCUCUCGGGACAACUGGUCGAAGCGGGCGAGAGCAGAAGCCGACGAGCACGAGGACGACUCGGUCUCCGUGAGUCAGACGAACAGUCGGGCUUGGUCUUGCCGGCCCAGGUACCAGUGCGAGACAUGCAACAAAGGGUUCGGAUCGUAUCAAGCUCUCGGUGGGCACAGGGCGAGCCACAAGAAGAUAAGUGGCGAAAUCCUCGUUGGCCAUAAUCACAAAAGACUUGCUUUUGAGUGUCCUCAUUGUCACAAGGUGUUUGAUUCCGGCCAAGCUUUGGGUGGGCACAAAAAAGUUCACAAGGAAGCGAUCCCUGUCACUGCUAAGAGCACGAACUGUGGCGAGAGCUUAAUAGAUCUCAACCUACCAGCACCAGAAGAGAACGGCGAAGAAACGACAGCAAGUUUGGUAGAGAUUUCUUCAGUCUCCAACGAAGAAACGUCUUAUCCAAUCAAGAAGGGCUUUUUACAGGUCUAGACUAGGGACAGUGAAUCAACUAUGAUUUCAAGUACUGGAUUCAACAGUCUGUAGGGGAUAAAACUAAAGCGUCAAACUUCCUGUGUGCUGCAUUUGCUUCCCGUUUUGGGAAUUGACUCGUGAUGUCAAUGGCUUUUAGGUGUUGUGGGGACUUCUGGGUCUGUAUUUUGCCCCCACAAAAGGAUCAAGAUUAAGGGGGGAAAAGACAGAGUGAAGGACGCCAUUGACGCUGUGCCUUUAGUGGAAUUAAGUCAUUCGAGCAUUAAUUGGAUUUUUCUUGCUGAUUCGUGGGGAUUAAUGAAUUGAUUAAGCGGAAGCUUUUGGGUUAGCAAUGCAUGCUACUGUGUCCAGCUGUUUUUUAGCGAACCGUUUCCUCCAUCUUCUCGC